AGAGUGAAAGGAAGUUUUGUUCUUUUUAAAUAAUACAAAGGGAAACCUUAGUAUUUGGUGUAAGUGUGAAUUAGCAGGUCAGAGUAAAGCUCAACUGACCGGUCAACUACUGAAGCUUUAAAGGAGCAUGGGGGAAGUGUGCUAUGAAGGGUAAAUUGACUUUAGAAACAUUGGUGAAAUACAAAUAAAUUGAGUUGAAUCAUUAGACAUACAUUGGAGAGCGAAAGAGGUAGGCACUCAAAAUGCCUUUAAAUGACAGCAUGCGUCUUAAAGAAUAUUCAAUUAAUCUUUAGAAUCAUGUUGAGAAAACUUACUUGUGAAUGAUUUAAUUUCAGAUGUCAUGAUAAUGUUUGUAGGUGUUCAUUUGGAUUCCAGUGUUAAUCUAUUGCCCAAUACUUUGAGAAUUGAAUAGAUAGCUUUUGCUGCCCUGGUUUACACUUCUUUUAAUAUCAGUAUUUUAUAUGGUACCAUUCCAAAACUGCUUAUUUACAGCUUAGCUAAGAAGGUCGUGUCUUCUAACAUCAUAUGUCGGAUAGAAAAUGAUCUACAGUUUCCUGAUUGGGAAAACUGAAACACAGUUUUAUGUGAUUUGGUGGAAGUCUUUACUAGAAUUACUAUUUUAAGUCUGGUCUUCUGCAUCUUUUUUUUCUUUUUUUUAUUCCUUACUGAAUAAAUAUUGCCAGUUCUGAUUAAACUAUGCUUUUUCUGUUUUCACAGAAAUGUUUCUGAAGUUCUUAGUGAUUUAUGUUUAAAAUAUUAGCGGAAUUUUACUUCACUUUCAUGUACUGUGAAGAACUGUUGUGGAAACAAAUCAGAGUUAAAAAGUUAAUACCAGAAACAAGGUUGAAUAUCACUUUCAAAAAGUAUUUACUUUGACUUGCCAAUAUGUUUGCUUUCUCAAUUCUUUCAGGUUGUUUCUUGUGUCCUUCUAAGUUAGAGUAAGAUACAUUAGAAUGACAGGUGGUUAAUUUAGUAUUAAUUAUAAAUAUUUUGACACACAUACUUGUGAAUGGAUUCUAACAAUCAUUAAAAUAAUUCAUGUGUUUUGUUUAUCUGUGGUAAAGAGUAGAAUAUGUAGCUAUAAAUGCAAAACUAUUUGUCCUUUAAGUAGAGGCAAGAGUUGACCAGGAAUGUUAGCUGUGCAUGGUUUAUGUGAGUUUACCCCCUUGUCCUAAGAGAAUGUUUUGUCUAACCAAGUUCUUCUUUAAAGAACUAUAAAAUAAUCUUCUACUACUAUUUUUUGGUUGUGUUUGUGGGGGUUUUCUGUUGUUAGAUGUUUUGGGGCUUUUUUAGGUGAACCAUGCCUUUAGGAAGUCUUUGCAUUGUUGUUACCUUCUCAGCGUACUCUAUUUGAGUACCAGCAGAAUUGAAGGAUGUAAGUGAUGGGAUUUUGCUGCAAAGGAGUCUCCGAAAUCCCUUCAGUCCUAUUUCAUUUUUUAGCAGUGAAACAAACCAAAUCGCUCAAUGUGAUUGUUAUGUGUGAUCCAAAAAUUAAAGUGUUGUGUAAAAUAACGGUAAAAAACUGCAAAGUAGUAAUUUUUUUUUUUUGUUUUGUUUGUUUUCUGGCUUUGAUAUGGACUGCUUUAUAUCAUCUUUUGAGGGAAACUAUUCAAACCUCCAAUGUGUGGGAAAAUUUCUAUGAUUACAUGGUAUAAAUUUUUUUUUUUUUUUUUUUUUUUUAAAUCCCAGCUUCUGGAGUCUAGGAAUCUCAAGUUCCACACACCACCCCCCAAGGCACCCCAAGUUCUCACAGAACUUGCAAAUAUUAAAAAAGUGAAUAUUCAGGCUUAAACCUGGAAAACAAACUAAGACUCUCAGCACAGACUUAAAACUUGCCAGACUUCCCGUGAUUCUUUUUAAUUCUCGCUUGUGACUUGACAAGAGUCCAAAUGCUGUGGUGAGAAUUAUGUUGCAGAAAUACAGCCUAAUAAUUUUUAAAAAGCUCAUUUAUGUAAUUAAGGUGUGAACAGCAUCAUCCAGGUGUUUAAACUAAUAAAGAAUACAGUUUAGAAUUUUAAUUAGGAAUGUGCUAAUCAUCUGAAGAGGAGACCUACUUUCUUCUAGAGGAGAAUGCAUUGGUCUUGUGAAGCAAAGCUUCCUUUUUGCAUUUUUAACCACUUUUUUGUUUUAAAGUCUUUUUGAACUAAAGAUUGAGAAACAAUAAACAGGAAUACUAAAAUGCUUGUUCAUUCCUUGUCAGCAUAACGUGAUUCAGCAGCUAUUAACCACUGUAGGCAUUCAUCUGUAACAUAACUUUAUUUCCUUAUAAGGAGAGGUAGCUGGGGGCAAGGACAUAGAUUAAAAGCUUCAGAAAAAAGCCUUUGCAGUGUUUUGAAUAAACUGUCUCUUGUUCAAACUGUUUCAUUUUAGCAGUAGUACAUGGUAGUUGUCCCUUUGUGCUUUACAUCUGUGGAUGACAGAUUUUUGUACAAGGUAAAGUAAAUGUCCACCCUAAGGGAACUGACAGAGAUUUGAAGGACAGAAGCAUGCUUUCCACUGAGACUCACACUACCAUUUGUGAUACAGAAUGUCUCUAAGUGAGAAGAAUAGUGUGGUUUUUGCAUAUGAAUCUUCAGUACACAGUACCAAUGUACUUCUCAGUCUUGAUGAUCAGCGAAAGCAAGAUAUUCUUUGUGAUGUUACUAUUUUAGUGGAAGAUCAGCGAUUUCGGGCUCACAAAGCAGUGCUUGCAGCUUGCAGCAGUUAUUUCCUUUCAAGAAUUGUGGGCCAGGUGGAUGCCGAUCUUAUCAUCACUUUACCGGAAGAGGUAACACUUAAAGGAUUUAGUCCUUUGCUUCAGUUUGCAUACACAGCUAAACUUAUUUUAAAUAAAGACAAUGUGUCUGAAGUUUGCAAGUGUGCUGAAUUUUUGGGCAUACACAACAUUGAAGAGUCUUGCUUUCAGUUUCUCAAAUUCAAAUUUUUGGACUUCAAGUUGGAUCAGCCGGAAUAUCCUAGGAAGAAGUGUUGUACACAGCGUUGUCGGAAAACAAAUCCUAAGAUUGGCAAUGUGGACGAUGGAGACCUAGAAAUAGAUGAUGAAGCAGAAGAACUUUUAGAAAAGGAAUAUUUUCAAACUCCUGACACAAAAUUCUGUAAAGAUGAUGAAAAUCCUAAAUCAUCACCUGCUCUCCAAGAUAAUGCCAAUCAAACAUGUGAUCCUGUACAGUUAGAAAGGGGUAGUGUUUCUAGCUCAUCUUCCCAGUGCCCAAAAUAUAGGAAAUUCCAGAAAGCUUUUGGAAAUGACAAAGUUCAUGCUUCAGAGUCCAAUUCCAGUAUUAAAGACAUUCAGAUGCCACCAAUUGCAACUUUUCUUGAGAAGGAAAUAUCUGAUAAUGAUGGCAUACAAAAAGCUCAGGAGUGUGCACCUGUGCAGCUGGUCUCCAAAUGUGAAGAGACUCAGGUAAAAAUGGAGGAAGGAGAGGAAGGCAUUGAGAAAAAGGAAGAGUCAAAGAGAGAUUCUGGGACUCAGAUUGUGUCAUGUCCUGUGGAGAAAAUGGAUGUUGCUGCUCUCCCCCAAAACUCUGCUGCACCUCAUGGACUCAAUUCUGCGUCUUUUUUACAUACUUGUGAGCAAUAUGGUAACUUGAAUUUCAGUGGUAUGCAAAACACAGUCUUAGCUGAAAAAACUGUAUCAGGUACUAGAGUUGGGAAUGACAAAAUUGAAAAUCAAGAUGACACACCUGCAAAGGUUGAUUUGUGCACUAGGGGAGCCACUAACAUUACAUCAGCUGGUGAUCGUAGCAGUGUGGAGAGAGAGGUAGCAGAACAUCUAGCAAAAGGAUUCUGGAGUGAUAUUUAUAGCACAGAAGCCUGUCAAAUACAUUUACCACCUGCGGCUCCACAAGAGAGCUUGGAGCCAGUAUAUUCAGGGAAAAAACCAGAGUGUCCAUGGCUAGGUAUCAGGAUCAGUGAAAGCCCUGAACCUUGCUCUCAACGAACUUUUACAACAUUGAAUUCUGUCAACUGCCCCUUUAUAAGCAACCUUAGUACUGAAGGGUGCUCCAACAGCUCUGAAAUAAGCAGUGCAGAUUGUGUUCAGGGACAGCAACAAGAACAGUGUCCCUACAAUUAUGUGAUAAGUUUGGGAGAGGAUUCGGAAACUGACACUGAGGGAGACAGUGAAUCCUGUUCGGCUAGAGAACAAGAGUGUGAGGUAAAAUUGCCAUUUAAUGCACAAAGGAUUAUCUCACUUUCCAGAAAUGACUUUCAGUCAUUUCUGAAAAUGCAUAAAUUAACUCCUGAACAAUUGGACUGUAUUCAUGAUAUCCGAAGACGAAGUAAAAAUAGAAUUGCAGCACAGCGAUGUCGUAAAAGAAAACUGGACUGCAUACAAAAUCUCGAAUCUGAAAUUGAAAAACUGCAAAAUGAGAAGGAGAACCUGCUGAAGGAAAGAAACCUCAUUUUGUCAACUCUGGGUGAGACAAAGCAGAAUCUGACUGGACUUUGCCAGCAGGUGUGUAAGGAAGCGGCCUUGAGUCAUGAGCAAAUACUGAUACUUGCAAAAUAUUCAUCUUCAGAUUGUCCACUUUCAUUUUUAUUCCCGGAGAGAGAACGAACAGCUCCAUCUGAUAGUGAGCUUGCAAUGCCAGCAUGUAUAGAAUUAGCAGAUGGUCUUUCAGGUGUUACACCUACAAAUGAGCAGAGUUCUUGUUAUCAGAUUGUGAAAAGCGUGUGUGAUGCAACAUACGAUCAAGUACAAGAACUGCAUCCAGUUUCUGUAAGAACAGUGGAGAAAGCUUCACUUGUGGAACAGUGUGGACAGAGUGGUGGUAUCACAGACUUCUGUCAGCAAAUGACUGACAAAUGCACUACAGAUGAGUGAAUAUAUUCUCUUCUUACUGCCAGCCUCUCAACAUUGCAACUAAAAGUGAGAUUGAGCAUUAUAGCAAAGUAACUUACUAAGUGAACGAAAAGAUGAAACUUUAUCUUUUGAAACUACAUUGAUGCUUACAUGGUCAUUAUAUUACUUGGCAAGCUUUGGGUUUGGUCUGUAUAAUUUAGAGUGUAAUUUGUAUGUGUCAGCCUUGGAGCUUUUUCUGUGUAGUGAUGCCAAGGAGAGUUCAGGAAAGCCAUUGGAAAGUAUAAACUGUUCACAGAUGUUUUAUUUGUGAGGAAGUUUUCAGGUAUAGAGCAGCCUUCACUCUGAUUUAUGUCACAGUACCUAAUGCCACUCUGCAUCUCAAGAAAAGCCUCCUGUUCA